AUGAGUAGUAAAUUUUAUAUUGAAGAGGUAUUUGAUGAAAUGCAAAAUGAAAAGGUGGACAUACCAAAUACAGAUAAAAAUAAAAUCAUGUUAACACUUGUAAUGUAUAUCUUCUAUAUAAAAAGGAAGAAAAUCUAAAAGAAAAGAAUGAUUUCUUACUUUCAGAAGACUUUAAUUAGUUUCAAUAAUUGCUGGUUAUUUCUUUGAUUACAAUCAAUUUUUCUAGUGAUGAUCCAUUUUUCAGACAUAUUACUAUGGUUGUCAAGGCUAUCAAAAAAGCCAUUAAAAAAAGACUGACUUAGGACACUAAUUACUUCUAAUCAAUUUAAGAAUAUAAAGUAAGAUUCAUUUUUUCUAAUAGAGAAUUAAUAAUCAACUCUCUUUAAAAUCUUUUAUUAAGAUAUAAAUAUUGGAUUCAUUACAUCCACAUUACAAAUAAAAUCUACAGCAUUCAUAUUUAUCAAUAAAGCAAUAGCUGAUAGUUUUAUGAAUAAGAAAAUAUCAAUUGAACAAAAAAAUGAGCGAGCCAGAUUGACUCUCUCUUUUUUCAAUAUAAACAUUUAGAAAGAAUUAAAUGUGUAAUAAGAUUUUAAAAACUAAUUUUUAAGAAACAGUAAAUUCAAAAAUGAAUUUAUUGUCUUAAAUGAAGAAUUUGAUCAACAGAAAUAAAGCACAACUUAUCAUGUCUAUAAGCCAAUGGAUGAUUAAAUUUAUUUUGUUAAACGAGUAAAAAACAACCUAAUUAUAGAUUUAAUUGUAAGGCAUUCCUAUUAAUGUUACAUUUCAAGAUAUAUUUAAUACAAAAAGUUCUAAUUAAGAUUACUUAACAAUUCAAGAAGCACGUAUUCUAUAACGUAUUUCACAUCCAAACAUUAUCAGACAUUAUGAUUGGUGGCUUGAAUCAAAAAAUUAACAACUAUUCCUCUACACUCAAAUUGAAUAUUGCAUUUAUCCAGGAUAUAUCUCGUAAACUAAGAACCUAUUGAGUUAUUCUUAUUUUUAUAUGAAUCCUAUGCCAUUAGAAUAGAAGAGCAAAUUAAUAAUUGAAAUAAUCUGCUAAGUUAUAAGUGGUUUGGAGUAUUUGCAACAAAAAUAAAUAAUUCAUGGAGAUCUUAAGCCAGAAAGUAUUAUGGUUACUAAAAGUAUUACUGGGGACAUCUAAGUAAGCCUAUUCUUCUAUAAAUGAGGUAAUGUUAGCAGACUUGAAUCAUUCAUACUCUUAUUUUGAAGAUAUGCAAAAAUAAUUCAAAUAAGAUUAAGCAUAAUAUAAAUAAUAGAGUCUUUAAGCUUUGGGAGUAUUAAUAAUGCAUCUCAUUCUCACAUUUCCUGGAGAACCAACAUUAAGGAAUAAUUAUAUAACCAAAUUUUCAAAUAACGAUAUUGAGGAUUCCCUAAGUGAAUUUGAUAAAUGGGCAUAAAAAUCUGUAAAAAAUAGACAUAAAGAAUUUUCAUUUUUUUUAUAUAAAAAUUUUAUGGUUUUAGCUAAAUCCCUUUUAAAGAAAUAGAAAUUUAAUGAAUUGCAUGAAGUAAGAACUUUUAUUUAAAAUAAUAAAUAAUUUGAUCAUCUAUAAGUUUGA